CACAACAAUCAACACACAACUCCACGUCGCGCUCUGCUCUUGCAGCCUGCGGCCUGCGCGAUACCUGCUACUAUGAGUUCCGAAGACCUCAAAGACCACGCCAAGACGGCCGACGUCGACUUCUACGAGCUGCUCGGCGUCGCCUACGAGACCAGCGAGUCCGACAUCAAACGCGCCUACCGAAAGACCUCACUUCAGUACCAUCCUGACAAGAAUCCCGGCAAGCUCGAUGUCAUUGAGAAGUUCCACCUCCUCGCAAUCGCCCGCGAUGUGCUCCUCGAUCCUGAGGCGAAGGCCCUAUACGACCGAUUGCGACAGCAGAAGAGGCAGCGCGAGCUCGAGCACCAGCUCCUCGAUGGCAAGAGGCGGCAGAUGAAGGAGGAUCUGGAGGCGCGCGAAAACGGGUUCAAGCGAAAGCGCAACGACGACUUUGAUGCCGAGGAGAAACUGGCCAGGGAGAUCAGGAGGCUGGCCGAGGAUGGGAAGAGGCGGAGGAUGCAGAGGGAGGAGAUGCUAAGUCGAAAGAAGCAGGAAGGAGAAGAGCCCGAGGAGUCGUCCAUAGUGGAGUCUGACACCGCACCACCUCCGAAAAGUCCAUCAGAAGUCCCCGACGAAAACCGCACCGUCAAGGUUUGCUGGCUGCGAGAAGGCGCUGGGGUAGCCAUAGACAAAACCAAACUGGCCGAAAUAUUCUCAAAAUUCGGCAAGACGGACAGCGUGUGGGUCAGGAAAGACAAGAAAGUGCGCAGGAGUGAUGCUACGAAACACAAGAGCGUUAUGGCGACAGGCUUCAUCGUCUUCAGUUCCAUCGUGGCCGCUCAUGCCGCUGUGGAAGACGCGAAAGAGAAAAACCCCUUUUUGGACUCCGUGUCGUGGUGGAAGAAACCGGACAUUCCGGGUAUUCAGUCACCUCCUGCGCCCAAAGUCUCCGCGCCAUCUACACCCUUGUCAACUCCAAAGUCAUUCCGCUCAUCGUUCCCAGGCGUUCGCCCAGGAGGCGCGGGCCUUGGUACCCCUUCAUUUUCAUUUUCUCCGCAAAGCCCGAGUUUGGAAGAGGUCACCAUGAUGCGGUUGAAGCAAGCUGAGAAGAGGCGUCUAGAAGAUCAGAUCCGGAAACAAGAAGCUGCUGCUGAUGAGUAAAUGCCGGCAUAGGGAAUUAUUUGAUGUUUAGCGUGGUGUUUGGGAGGUUCGGAUUUGCAUUAAAGAUACCACUAAUAGAAUUCACCAGAUGGUGAGUGCCGAUCUGGAUCCAAAGAGCAAUUGACCAUCUAGUCCUCGGAGGCCAGUCGUGAAGAAUGCGCCAAAGCGGCACCAGUUCUUCAAGACACAAUCACGCUCUUUCACGGCGUAAUUACUUACCGC